AGAUGGAGGUGGCGAAGUUCCCAUGGCCGCCUCUCCGCGAAAAUUCCGUCAAAGGCGUGAUGCAAUUGAUCACAUGGCCGGUAGAGUUAAAAAAAAAAACUGCCGGUCGCGGCGCAGAUCCGACGGCUAGAAAUAUGAUGGAAUUUAGGUGGCGGGUCCCGGGCAGCUCCCAGUCCCAGUGGUCCGCCACGCGGAUAUCCACAGACUUCGCAGGCCGGCACCGGCAACAUCCUAUAGCUGGCACGCCCUCCCGUCCCUCAUCCGCUGCCGAGUGCUGAGCAGCAGCAGCAGCAGCAAGGCACCCAAGACGACUGUACCCAUCAGGUGCUGGCCGGAGAGGGAGGGAGAUGGACCUGACGAUGGGUGAUAGCUUUGCGUGCUUCUGGGAUUGCCUCGACGACUCCGAGGGGAUGCAGAGCUUGUACAUCGGGCCGGACGGCGACACCGCGGUGUCCGGCGGCGGCGUCCAGCUCCAGGUCCACGACGGCUACUCCAGCGCCCCGGACGCCGCCGGCUCCAACUUCUCCGCGGGGGCGGAGAGGGAGGGCAGCAGGCCAUGCAACAUGGUCACCGUCAUGGAGAGGCGCCGACGUCGGAGGCUCAACGACAGGCUCUACGCCCUCCGCAGCGUCGUCCCAAACAUCACCAAGAUGGACAAGGCGUCCAUCAUCAAGGACGCCAUCGAGUACGUCCUGCAGCUGCAGCAGCUGGAGCGCCAGCUGCUCGCCGAGGUAGCCCUCCUCGACACCGCCGCGAACGCGCACCAUCUGCCAGCCGGCUGCGCGAACACGCCAUCCACGGAAGACGGCUUCGCGGGGCACGCCGCCGUGUCGGUGUCGCCGACCAAGAAGAUGAAACGGAACCCGUCCUUCUCGUCCCACCACAGCCGCUCCUCCUCGCCGCCGGUCGACGCUCUCGAGGUGAGGGUGUCGGGCGCGGGGGAUAAGGUGCUGGUGGUGAGCGUCGCCUGCACCCACCGGAGGGACGCCGUCGCCAAGGUCUGCCGUGCGCUCGACGGCCUUCGCCUCCGCGUCAUCGCCGCCAACGUCACCGCCGCGUCGGGGACCGUGAUGCACACGGCACUCGUCCAGGCGGCUCUUGUAACACUUGCGCUAACCAAAGUAGUUAUUAUUCGUCCAGAAAGAGGAAAUGCAUCAGACAGAGAUGAAGGAAAUGAUUGAGACAGCAAUAUCCCAACUUGAUGAUAUCGUCGGAAGUCCACUGAUGAGUAGUACGAGUUACUGAGACAACUGUGGAAUACCAUGCAUGCAUUCCCGGUCUUACAGUUAGUUAUAAAUAAUCAUGUUCUCCUGUAACAAGAACUCGGGCAACCUUGAUAUCACUUUCGAAAUUUUGGCUCAUGCUGACAAGCAAUCUAAGCUUGCUUUCCAUCCUAACAAACGAGCAUUUGGUCUCCA